GAAUUGUCAAAAGCUGUCAAAAGCAGUCAAAAGUUUUAAACCGUGAAUGUGUCGUUGUAUGUAACUUGUUUAGAUUUUGGAUUUCCGAAAAAUAUUAAUUGAGACAAACGUGAAAUGGCAACAGAAAAAGAUUUGAUAAAUGCUGUACGAGAAUCACUAAAGACCGAUGGAAAUCUUGAUCGAAUAAAAGCGGAAAUGCGUACAGAAGUAAUAAAACUGCUCGAUUAUUCUAGCAAGGAGAACAAAUCGAAUACUGUCAAACCUUCACACGAUAUUGUUUUUCUCAAUGAACUUGUCCGAGAAUAUCUGGAUUGGAUGGGUUACAAGUAUAGCGCCACUGUAUUUAUCGCAGAAUGUGAUCUUCCCAAACAUUGCUUGGAUCGUAAACUUCUGGCACAAGGUUUAGGAGUAAAAGACAGCGGAAAGAGCAAAAAUUUACCGCUGUUGUGUGGUCUCAUACAAACAUUUACCAAUUUAAAAAAUACCUAUUUAUAAGAUCUACACGAGCAUGUAUAUUCAACUGCGAUUUUUAAAUACUAUUUAUUCAUUUCCUAUAUAUUUAUAUAUGUUACAAAUCUCACACUUAUAUAUACAAACAUAAAAGCAUGCACAAGCUUAGAUAUACAGAUGCACAAGCUUAGAUAUACAGAUUAUAUUAUUUAUUACAAUAAAUAAUAAAAAAACCAAACACAGUACUCAAGUUCCAUCUGUAACACAUGGCAACUCUUUGUUAGUAAUAACAAAGCUGUAUCAUGUAAUGUAACAUAUAGCACAAUGAACGCGAAGUAAACAUCUUUUUUUUUAUUUCUAUGUGUUCAUCAUGUAAGA